CUGCAAGAAAACCACUCCCAUUCCAGUACCUUCCAAGAUUUGGAGCGUAUAAAACAACGCCAACAGAAUAAACAGAUUUGAAAAAUCCCAAAUCAAAUUUUCAAAGAAGAGGAUAAAACGCCAGAGUGAGGAGCAGAAUCGUCGAUCAUGGCGUCGGAGACUUCUACCCAGGCCUACGGCGAGCCCUCGUAUUGGGACAAUCGCUAUUCCAGCGAAUCUGGCCCCUUUGAUUGGUACCAGAAGUAUCACUCCUUAGCGCCACUGAUCAAUCUCUAUGUCUCUCGCCAUCAUCGCAUCCUCGCCGUUGGAUGCGGCAACUCAGCAUUUAGCGAAGGCAUGGUCGAUGAUGGCUAUGAGGAUGUGAUCAAUGUUGAUAUAUCCUCUGUUGUGAUCGAAGCAAUGCAGAAGAAGUACUGUAAUCGUCCGCAGCUGAAAUAUGUGAAAAUGGACGUUCGUGAUAUGAGUGCAUUUGAAACAUGUUCCUUCGACACUGUUCUUGACAAAGGGACCCUAGACUCUCUAUUGUGCGGAAAUAAUUCGCGACAAAAUGCAACUAAGAUGCUUGAUGAAGUUUGGAGGGUACUCAAGGAGAAUGGAGUGUAUAUUUUGGUUACAUAUGGAGCUCCUUCGUAUCGACUAAGUCUACUGAGACGUACUUUCUCAUUGAUAAAGCUUCAUGUCAUAGAGAAACUUAUUUCAGAGAAAAGAACUGACCCUCCAAAAUGGGACCUGUUGAAACCUGUUCCAUGUGAUAACGACGUAAGGGUACUCGAUACCGUGCUCGGGCAGAAUCCUGAUGUCCACUAUAUAUACAUCUGUACUAAGGAUAGUUCUUUGAAGCCGGACCAAAAGCAGGAUCUUGCUGUUGAGUGAGGGGAGGACCUGAUAAAAGGCCAGUGUUUUCCUUUUAACUAAAAUGUAGGAGUUUGUUGCAGUAUUUUCGUUCUGUUAACAUGAUAGUAAUUGAAGCAUCACUUUUCUUACUGCAUUUGAUCAAUAGCUCAUCUUUGACGCCAACCUUCACAUUCUCAUGACUUUGUAUUUCAUUUGAUCACAUUUUAGAUAGAGUUCAAUGCGACACAUGGAUUUAUAUC